UGAUCUGCUCUUGUUGCAGGGGUGUGAGUGUGUGUAUAUAUAGCGUGUCUCCUCCUCACCAAACCACAUACUCUUCUUCGUCCUCACAGAGUCAACAUGAAGCUCGUCGUCCUCGCCUGCCUGGCCGCUGUCGCCGUCGCCGCCCCUCAGUUCCCGGAGGAUGACCCACGACACAUUGCUGUCCUGAGAGACAACCGUCACGACGACGGUGAAGGCAACUACAGGUAUGAGUUCGAGACCGAGAACGGCAUCUCCGUGAAUGCUGAAGGCCGCCCCGGCAACGUCGGCCAGGCCAACGUGCAGGGCUCCUACAGAUUCACGCUCGAUGACGGUACACGGGUCGAGGUCACCUACACAGCCGACGAGAGGGGCUUCGUCCCUGAAUCACCCAUCUUCCCUACCAGCCACCCACUGCCCGCCCACGUCCCUGAGCUGCUGGCCAUCGCUGCCGAACAGCGCCGUCAGGGCAUCACCUUCGACGAGCAGGGCAAGAGAGUGACUGGCUGAUUCUAAGUGACGAACCCUCGCAGGACUGUGAAUGUAUAUUGAAGAUGGCCACAGCAAGAAAAAAUGUUUCGGGGUCACAAUCUUGAGGCUUAUUGAAGACUGAUAGAUUCUGAAGAUGAUUUAGGGUAGAUUGUUAAUGCAUUCUUUAGUCAAACAAGGCCGCUUCAUAAUACAUUCUUAGCUUCCUAAAGCCAAUACAUCUGUAUACUCCUGGUUGACUUCUCUCUCAAAAGAACGUUCUUUACUGAGCAGUAAUUAUUUAGCAUAAGACGAUCAUGUCAUGAACUGUUUCGCUGUUAUUUCACAACUAAGUCAUGAGCAAACCGACCAAUAAAAUGUCGAGCAAA